GAAUGGUCCUAUCUCUGAAACUGACAGUUUAUGUUGUGUUCGAUUUUUACGGAAUUCUCGGAAAUAUGAUACUUUAGCUGUUUGCGUAAUACAAUAAUUAAAAUCAUCACCUUUCGAUCUGGGCUAAAGGAAUCACCCUAAAAUAUAAGAAUAUGCCGUAUAAUUCGGAUAAGAAAGUAAACGAAGAGAAACUGUGAUUUAUGCAUUAGGACAUUUCUGUAAUGUUUGCCGACACUUGUUCAAAAAGAAAACAGUGUUAGAAAUUAGAAACGUUGUCCUUUUAAUAGGUUAAAUAACUUAUUUUAUUCCAGUGAAUUACAGCGAAUGUUAAUUCCAAGGAUAUCGAACGUUCGGUACAACGUGGUUCGUAACGUUUUUGUAACAUCGUAUCUGAACAAGAUCUGCAAAAUGUCAUCGGAAUGUGUUAGUGAAACGGAAGGGGACCUGUUUGCGGCUCCCAAAGACCACUCGUUGGCCCAUUGCGUAGCUGCCGAUUUGAAGAUGGGCGGAGGAAUAGCAGUAAAGUUUAAGCAAGUGUUCAAACAGGUUGAAGAAUUAAAAACCCAGAAGGCAGGCGUCGGCGGAGUAGCAGUUCUGAAAGAUGAUCAACGCUUCAUAUACUAUCUGGUCACGAAGAAAGCAUCCUACGAUAAGCCAACAUACGAUGACCUUACGAAGUCACUGACGGCAAUGAAGCAGCACAUGAUUGAGAAUAACGCCAAAAAAUUAGCAAUUCCACGCAUUGGUUGCGGUAUCGAUGGAUUGGAAUGGCCUAAAGUAAAAAGUAUUUUGAAUGAUGUUUUCGGAACCGAAGGAAAUUUUAAGAUUGUUGUGUACAAUUUUGUUCCGAAAUAG